UGUAUUUUUAGGAUCACAUCUAGACAACAGCAUUUGCGACAGCUGCGUCUGCUUUGCGGCAUAAGUAGGUUACAAAAAGGUGCGCGUCUUUAGGCGACGGAUAGAGGGGAAUGGUCCUUUGGGGAAGGUGUGAAAGAAGAACGCUUCUCAGGAAAGCAUGAGAGAGAAGAGAGAUGAAAGUAUGGUGAAAGACCUCUGGGGUUUGUAUGAUGGAAGGACUGGGAAAGGAGAGAUCCAUAUGCAGCUCUAGACCCUUUCCAUGUCUCAGUCACCCCAAAACAGAGGCCUCAACCCUGCUAUGGAAACUCAAAGACUGCUUCUCCACAAAUGAGACAACUUCCCCACAUCGGACGGAUAAAGAAAACAAUUACAUGGACAACAGAAAGCCUGUGCUGGAGCUGAAAGAUGUCCCUCCACCUCCUCCACACCAUACUUCCUCCUCCCAGUUAUCCCAGCCCCUCUCUCUGGCCCCUCUCCCUUUGCCUCCUCCUCCCUGCUUGCUGCUUCCUCCUCAGCUUACACAAGACUCCCACCAACAGCAGCAACCACCACACCAGCAGCAACAGCAAGAAGGGGCUAGGCCCAAAGUAAGCAUUUGCACCCGCUGUGACCAUUGCAGCACAGAUGGCUAUGGGUUAUUGGAUGGCCGUAGUAGCGUUGCUGGCGUUGUCUCACUUUAUAUGGCCCCAGGGUCUCUGGGAACACCCAUAAGUAGCCGCAGUACCAGCAGAUCCACACUUUGCUCUGUAGCCUCAUCUGUUCAUCAGUAUAAACAUAGCUGUGGCAGUCAAGGUGAAGUUUUUGAUCCUUUGCUAAAUUUUAGUUGCAAACCUCAGCUGCCAUCUUCUGUCGCUACCUCUCAGCCUCUUUCAUCACACCUCUACCUCCCCUGCUGCUCAGGGCUUCUUCAUACCUACCCAACUGUACCUCUUCCAUGCAGUCAGCCUAGCCUGUUUCCCUCUUCAGCGCCUCCGGCUUCCUCCCUCCCCUCUCUUUCCUCUCUUCCUGCUCCUUUGCAUGGCUCUUGCCUGGCCUCUUCUGGCUUUUACACAUGUGGUGUGGACUGCAGCCCAUCAGUCAGAAGAUCCCAGAGAAGUAUACUUGGUGAUCACCCAGCCACCACCACCAUUACUACUACAACCACCUCAGCACACUUCUGCUCUAAUCCUAUGCACCUAAAUGUAGAACGCACAGUUUGUGUGAAGGGGGCACACUACUGCCAGGAGUGCUUGUUGAAGCCUGUGAAUGGUCUGACUUCAGAGUCUGACAGGGUGUGGCCCAACAUUCCUGUUCCUCAGACUGCUCCUAUCCCUAUUUGCAAUGGCUGUGGCACUUCCUCUGAUGGCAUGGUGCUCAUGCCAUCCACCACCCUUGGCAAGACUGGUUAUAAGUAUGGUUCUCCAGAAAGUAGUGGACCUGAGAACAUCCCUCCAGUGGGUGUCUUUUGGGACAUUGAGAACUGCAGUGUGCCCAGUGGACGCUCAGCUGGAGCUGUGGUCCAGCGUAUUCGCAGCCGUUUCUUCCAGGGCCAUCGCGAGGCAGAAUUCAUUUGUGUUUGUGAUAUCAGCAAGGAGAGUAAAGCUGUAAUCCAAGAGCUCAACAACUGCCAGGUUACUGUUGCACAUAUCAAUGCCACAGCUAAGAAUGCUGCAGAUGACAAGCUUCGCCAGAGCCUUCGACGCUUCGCUGAGACCCACACUGCACCGGCGACUGUUGUGCUAGUAUCCUCGGAUGUGAAUUUUGCAAGCGAGUUAAGCGACUUGCGUCAUCGCCAUGGUUUCCAGGUGAUUCUUGUGCAUGGCAACCACACAUCCUCAGCCCUGCUGCAGCAUGCUCAUCGCCACGUGGCCUUUCAGGAGAUCACAGCUGAUCUGCCACCACGUAUGCUUGUCAAAGCACAGCCCAGUUUCAACCUCCUCUAUGUGCACAACCUCCCUGUCAUCUGUGACAAGAGCCUGCGAAACGCUGUGAAACUCAGGCUCCGCCGCCUGUCAGACAACUGUGGUGGCAAGGUGCUGGGCAUGUCCCAGGGCGCAGCAGUCCUCCGUUUUGGCAGCCCUGAGGCAGCUGCACGUGCCCGCAAGAGAAUGGAAAAUGAGGAUGUGUUUGGCCGCCGAAUCAGCCUCUCCUUCUCCCCGCGGCCCAAAGACAAUGCAAGUUCUGAGCCUGAGCUUCAGGCUCAGCCCCAUCACUUGCCUCAGCCUAUGCCCCAGACCUAUCACACCCAGGAUUCAGAGUUCGCCCCUCCCCCACACAUAUCCUCCUUCUCUUUUCUACCCCUGGAGAAGCCCAGGUCACCCAGGAGGCCACGGCGAGCAACCCGCCCCUGCUACACCCCUGGCCCGGUGCCUGAAAGGCCCUACAGCCCCAGGAGGGGGUGCAGUGGGCCUCCCGGUGGUGCUCCAGCAAAGCCCCAUCAGGAGCUGAGUAGUUUGGAGGUCAACCUCAAAAUGGGCUUCCACCACCUGGAAAAAGGACGACCUGCUUCUUCGUCUCCACAGAGUAAUGGUGAAACAGGAGCACUGGAGCAGCAGUCCAAGCCUGGCCUCACUGGAGAAUCCAUGUACAGGAGGAGAAGAGAGGGCUCUAAUCCCCGAAGUGUGACUGAAUCUCCUGUAGAACAAGGGGAUGGGAGCUCAGGGGAGUUUCAGAUCAGCACACCUUCAGCCUUCAGCAAGUUGAACCUGCACAGGAGCUUCAGUCCCCUCAUCUCGUCUCAGGGCUCUUGGUCCUCCAGGAGUGCGUCCCCCUGCCUCUCCAGCCGUUCAUCGCCUCUGCUUGCUACCCCUCGCAGCCCUUGUCGUGAAGGUACUCCUGAGCCUUUCUCAGAGGGGCCAGAGGUCCAGGUGGCCAACCUUGACUACCGAAUGUCUCGCAAGGAUCUGCAGCAGACACUGUAUGACACCUUCUCACGAUACGGACGGGUGAAAUCUGUGGAGCUUAGUCCCCACACUGAUUAUCAGCUGAAGGCAACAGUUCAGAUGUUGUCCCUGCAGCAGGCCAUCAGUGCUGUCAGCGGCUUGCACCGUUACAAGAUUGGAGGCAAACGCAUCCAAGUGUCUCUGAUCACUGGGGGCAACAGCAAGACUCUUGCCUUGCUCAGCACAGAGAUUAUUUGCAUUCUUCAAGAUGCACCUGCCAAUUGCCUUCCCCUUUUCAAGUUCACUGAGAUCUAUGAGAAAAAAUAUUCCCGUAAGCUUGUGGUUGGUGAUCUGUAUAAGCUACCAGAGGUGGUUGCAGUACGGGAACAGGGUGGCUCCAGGCUUGUGUGCCUUCUGUCCAACAGCCAAAUACGUCAGAGUCCACUGGGAUCUUCCCAGUCACAGGAAUGCUCCUCCUCAGCGAGUGGGAGUCCUGUUGUGUUUGAGGAGCUGGAGUACCAUGAACCCAUCUGCAGACAACACUAUGCACAGCAUGACUUCAGUGAGGCCGAUUUCGACCCCGACUCCUAUAAAAUCCCAUUUGUCGUGAAGUCUCUGAGCACUUUAGCCUCUGAAGUCCACAGUCUGUUGCAGUCACAUGAUGGCACCCUUCCACUACUCAGUUUUCCAGACUGCUAUGCUGCAAAAUUCAGCCCUUUGCAGCUUGGUAAUGAGACUAUGGAGGGUGGCGUUCCUCUGGAGCACCUCAUCACCUGUGUUCCCAGUAUCACAGUAGUCACAGCUCAGAACGGUUUCAAAGUCAUCAAAUGGGUCCACAAUAAACCACCAGCACCAAACUCUGAGCCAUGGAUUCAACGCUGCAAGAGUCCAGUUGGCAACCCACAGCUCAUCCAGUUCAGCCGAGAGAUUAUCGACCUGUUGAAGAGUCAACCAUCCUGCGUCAUGCCGAUCAGCAAAUUUAUACCCUCAUAUCACCAUCACUUUGCCAAGCAGUGCCGUGUCUCUGACUAUGGCUUUUCUAAGCUGCUGGAACUGCUGGAGGCCGUGCCACAUGUCCUGCAGAUCUUGGGAAUGGGUACCAAGCGUUUACUAACUCUGACCCACCGAGCUCAAGUGAAGCGCUUCACCCAAGACCUGCUGAAACUGCUUAAAUUUCAAGCCAGCAAACAAGUGGCAAUCAAGGACUUCAUGCAGGCUUACCACUGGUGCUUCUCCAGAAACUGGAGGGUUAUUGACUAUGGCAUAUGUGAUCUGAUGGACCUGCUGAUAGAGAUCCCUGACACCACCAUCACCAUCACACACCAAGCUACGGACACAGUCAUCUCUGUUCCUAAGAGGGAGCGUACUGUGGAGGAAAUCGAGCGUACUAAGCAGUUUGGGAAGGAAGUGGUGGAUCUUCUUCGCCACCAGCCACACUGUCGAAUGCCCUUCAGUAAGUUCAUCCCCACUUACCACCACCACUUUGGUCGUCAGUGCAAGCUCAGCUACUACGGAUUCACGAAGCUCAUGGAGCUCUUUGAAGCGAUCCCUGACAUUCUGAUGGUGUUGGAGUGUGGUGAAGAGAAAGUGUUGAUUCUGACAGAGGUUGAGCGUAUCAAGGCUCUGGCGGCUCAGCUGGUCAAGCUGCUACGGACUCAGAAAAACUCCAGUCUUCCCGUCAACCAGCUGCUCACUGAGUACAGCAAGACCUUUGGUUACGGUCUGCGGCUCCAGGACUACGACGCAAGCUCCCUGCCUGCUCUGCUGACCAAACUCUGCCAUGUUGUCAAGGUGGUGGAUGGUUCGGAGGGUCGAGAGGUGCAGUUGAUCAACAGGAAGUCUCUGCGCUCGCUUACUUCCCAGCUACUUGCUGUGCUCAUGUCCCAAGAAGAGGAACAAGUCAUCAGGGGUCUGAAGGUGGACGAGUUGAGUCAACAUUACCUGACUGUUCAUGGAGCCCUGCUGAAUCCAUGUGAAUAUGGGUUCCUGUCCCUCAGCGAGUUACUCAAGAGCCUUCCAUACCUUGUGGAGUUGUACUAUGAAGAAAAUGAUGAAAACAGUGAAGCUGGCAAUGGGGAGGAGUGGGUCAGGCUGACGAGGCUUUACCAGUUUGCUCGUAACGUACGUGCGCUGCUCCACACCUACCAUUACAACCAGAUCUUCCUGACGGAGUUCCAGGGGGCGUAUAACAAAUUUACAGUGUGCAGUCUUGAACCUCGUUCCUAUGGCUACACCAGCACUGACGAGCUGCUCAGCGCCAUUCCACAGGUGGUGUGGAUCAAAGGGCACGGUCACAAGAAGAUUAUCGUUUUGAAGAACGAUAUGAAAGCAAAGCCAAGCUGUUCAGUCCCCAACAGUCCCCAGCCAGGAGAGAACAUGGAAAGCCCGAGAGACAGUCCAAUUAGCACUGCAACAUCUGGAGCCCAGAGUCCAGCUGGUGAUGUAGCUAUAGACUCAGAGCUGCUGUGUCUGACAGCCCCAGUGGACCUGCUUUGUGGUCCUGUACCAUCCUGCCUGCCAUCUCCCCAGCUCCACCCUGACCCUGUGGGCCUCCAGCAGACAGACUUGAUUCACUUUGAUGAGAGAACUCAACCACCAAGAGAGAGCGAUGAACCUGAGGUGGCAGUUCCGGAUAGCAUGUCUGAUCGACCUGAGCAGCCUGGCAGCACCGAAGACUCUGCAGUCACCAAACCUCCUCCUCCCCCUGAAACAAAGACCAUCUUGUCCAUGGACAGUCCCAGCAGAAGAGCCACACGCAGCAGAAUCAGACUCGCUGCCAACUUCUCGUUCACAGCAGGCCUCUGAUCCUUUCACGUCCAUAUACAGCCUCACACACACAUACAGUAAUACUAGAUUACACAUAGUGUAAAUCCAAAUAGGAGAGCUAAGCGACUACACUAAGCACAGAAAUGACCUGGAGCAUUGAUGUUUCCCCUCGAUGUCCCAACAGGCUGGUAAAGUUUUCUGCAUUUUUCUUCAUCACUCUGCGGCCAUCUUUCUUCUUUGUUUUCACAAUCAUCCGAUGAUGUUCACUAAGCUGUGAUUUACUUCCUGCAGAUUUCCUGCAAUUCUUUAUUUGCCAAAUUCACAUACUGUAAGCUGUGUUUGAUUUUGUUCUAGGGGCAGUGGAUUUAUAUUUCCAUAAAUGAGCAUCUUCAGUUUAGAGCCACAUUGUGUCGAGGAACUGAAACUGAGUUAGUUGUCACUGUAUACAGAGUGUUGGUUAGGAGUUGCAGAAUUGCGAGCGAUAAGUAACUAGAUUCACUGAAUUAAAUCCAAGAGAUAUAGUUACACACAUUCUCAGUUUAUGAAAUUGACAAACGGAACGCUUUAGAGAGAUUUUGUUGAUAAACCACAAAAAACAUUCUGAAAUACUUCGUUGCUGUAUCCCUAAAGACAGAAAAGUUAAUUUAAGACAUUCAUUUUAGAGCUAAUUUCAGCUUUUGGGGAAUUUUCUUUGUAGGUAACCCCAGAUAUGUCAACCAGACUAGCUGCUAAACACCUGACUUUCAUUUUUUUAGAUUUCUAAAUAAGUAGCUUCUCUUUGAGGCACAUUCUCCUAUUUUGUCUCUGUUGUAAAGUUCCUUUUGUACUAUGCAGAGCAUUGAGUCAUCUGUGAAAGAGUUUGGCCUAAAUGUGAAAUAGAUUGUGAGUCGCAAUUUAAUGAUGGAACAGAAGGGAAACCAGCGUUAACUGUUCACAUCAUGUUUUCUUUCAUGGAAGUCUUUGGACAGUUAGUUUUACAUCAAAAGGUUUUGGCUGAGAUUUGGACAGUUGUUGCUCUCAGAAACUUUUAUUGUAGUAUAUUGACUUGAUUUAUAGCAAAGAUUUUGGCUUGUCUCUCUAGGGCCACAAAUGAAGGUCUAAAAGAUAAACGUGCGGCACUUCAAAACUCCAGCCGUGUGUGUUUAAGGAGCAGAAACUGACAUAUACUUUUAUUGUUUGCAUUUAGCCAGCAGCCGGGGUGUUUGUGUUCUUUUAGCUGUAUUUUGUCUGUGUGUGGUUUACACUGGAGUAGAUGGUGUGAAAUGUGCAUGGUGUGCAUAACUGAGUUUAUGCAUGGUGUAAUCCCAGGAGGAGCAGACAGGAGCAGAUGAUUGCAGGACAUUCUUUAAGAUCCGUCUUUAUUUCCACCAUGAUUUAUGGAUCUCAGAGUCGGCAUCACCCUUGCAGUUGCCAAAGAUGGAGCUCAAGGUUUGUUGAGUUUAACCUUGUUGCUGGUCGGCUCUGUAUCAGCAGUGGUGUCUGCACUGUCUGAGCUGAAGAGUUUGGGGAGAGCAGCAGGCACUCCUGAAUUUUUGAUUUUUAAUGACGCAGUGAACGGUUGUGAGUUUUUAGGGAAGGAGAGAGAGGACAGGAGGCGAUGGGUGAUAGGUUUGUGGAGCAGCACGGGGCUCUGGAAAGCCUCCUGAACUGGACUGUGACGUCCAGCAGAGGACCCUCUGCGGCUCUCUGGACUCUGCCGGGCUUUUACAAUGGCUUGUAUUCGCUGCGGCGCUGGAAGAAAUCUCCAUCGUACCUCCCAGUCCUCUCACAUCUCGCAUAGAGUAGUUUUAACUUACUGAUGUGCGUUGGUUUCUCAACUUUUCUUCGUCUCAAGUGUUUGCUCGGCUGCUGGCUGCUGAAAUCGCCACCGACUCCCGUCUGCUGCCUUUAAGCACGACGCAGGUGCUGCCGAAGUCACAGGGUUUCUAUUUGUGUUCAGGGAAAAGGUUCAGAGAAUGGGUAGCGGCCCAUUAAACCAGUUUGUUCGCAUUUUCUACCUGGUUAGUCAGUGUUAGAAUUAUUAUAGUAUGAGUUUUCUUUGUCGGACUUGAUUUUGAUUUGGUGUGAAAAGAUUCCAUCUGCCAACUCACCAAAAUGUCUGACAUGCUAGUCGCGAUGUUUUUAAUUAGGCUCAUCUCUCCUGCAAUGUUUUACUAACUUUGAUUAAAGAAUUAUCCGUUCAGAAUAAUUAUUUAGAAUUGGUAAUGAGAGAAAAUGAUCACAAGGAAUGUCUGGAUUUAAAUUUGGCAGCAUGAAAGCAUUACUUUUUUGUGGCUUUGAGCAAACCGUAGCAAUUCCUCACAGUAUUACAGUGACAAUCAACUCAGUUUUUAAUUGGUUCUCGCUUUGUUUUUGUUACAUCGGUGAGAAACGAAUGAGUCUGUCAAAAUAUGCACUUCUGCAUAGUUUUGGUUCAUGAAAUACAUACAGAAUGUGUUCACAAAUGGGUUAAAACAAGUUUUUUUUUUUUUUUUUUUUUCUUUACUUCUGUCCCUGACCUCGGCUUAAUUAUUCAGUUUUCAUGUUGCACUGCAGUCGUUCUACAGCAGAUUUUAAGGAACUUCCUUUCUUCGGUGUCCUUAAAGCUUUGGUCUUGCAGUUUAUUUUCUGUUUACCUGCUCAACAAUUGUCUCACUGAUGUGUCCUCUACACACUAACUUGUUGAACGCCUCGCUGCACCAGAAGUCGCUGUAACAGUCAAACAUUGUUGAAGGGACCAAAAAAGAUUUCCGUUUAAUAAAUUUCACAAGCAUCA